AUGUUCGUCAUCGUUCGCGAAGAAAGCUUACAUUCGCGCGCUCAACGCGCUGCAUACGCCCGGCCUUCAGAGCUCCCACACUCCGUCUCCGAGCCUCAAGACCAGUAUCAACACUCCCCGACAACCCACACAUCGUCGUACGUCCAUAAACACCCGAUAGACCCGUCCACGAGCCUCCUCACACUCCUGCCCACCGAACCUCCAAAUCAAAAACUCGCAAUCGGCACCUGUACCUCCGUCCCUCCCACACCGCAAAACUUUACUCCAAAUCCCUCCCUCCUGCAAAUCCUCUCCUCCCGUCUACCCACGCCAUGCCACCUCCAACCCAAAAAAUGA